AUGUCAUAUCCGCGUUACAAACCCGAUUUCUCUGAUGACGAAAAUAACGAUCCUUUUAUUAUUCCAAGAGCUGCUUCUUCUUCUUCUACUACACCAACUUCACCACAACGCUCCAAACAUUUUCAAAAUAUAGAACAUCCUUCAAAGGUAAUAAAAGUAAUAAAUACACACAAAAUCAAGCAACCUCAAACGGAUGCCAUUAUUGGUAUUAUGGGGACGGAUUCGCACACAGAAAUUCGAAAACUUCAGAAUGAAAUUAAUAUGCUUACACAAAAUCAAUUGAGUACAAAGAACGAAAGUCGUACAAAAGAGAGUGAUUUGGUUAAUCAAGUUCGUAUCUUGGAAGCAGAAAAAACGGAUUUACAAUCGCAAAUUGGAUAUCUUGAUGAUCAGAUCACCUCAUAUUCUAAUAGAAUAUUAUCUAAACAAAAACUUUUAUCAUCCACUCGAGAACAAUUGACAGAAACAGAAAAAAAAUUAAGAUUUUACAAUACACUCUCGCCUCAAUUAGACAGUGUUGAGUUACUUAAAAAUCAGAUAAAGGAUCAAUUGGAUCAUAUACAAAAAUUGGAAGAGAAAAAUCGAGAGUUGGAUAAUAAAGUUAAACAUUAUAAAGAGGCUUCGCCAGGAAUUGAUAUUUUACAACAAAGGCUCGAUGAAACAGAACACCAAAUUUCUCAAUUGAGUGUAUUACAUCAAUUGGAUCAUAUACAAAAAUUGGAAGAGAAAAAUCGAGAGUUGGAUAAUAAAGUUAAACAUUAUAAAGAGGCUUCGCCAGGAAUUGAUAUUUUACAACAAAGGCUCGAUGAAACAGAACACCAAAUUUCUCAAUUGAGUGUAUUACGUAGAAAAGCAGCGGUCUUGGAAGUAGAAAAUACAUCAUUAAAAAAUGAAAAGACCGAAUGGUCGAACCAUCUUGAUCAAGAAAAGGAUAAAUUAAAUAUUAAUUCGCCAUAUAACCUUUAUAUUGAAAUUUCAGAGAAAGAAAUUCGAAUCAAUCAAACACAAGAGAAAUGUGAUUUGAUGGGUUCUAAACAUGCCAAAGAAAUGGAAUCAUUGAAACAAGAUAACCUAUUACUCAGGAAAGAAGUUGAAAUGUUGUCAGCAAGUUUGGAUAAAUUAAAUAUUAAUUCGCCAUAUAACCUUUGUAAAGAGCUUGCAUCACGAAGAACAGAAAUUCAAAUAUUAAAAACGCAGAUUCAAAACUUUGAUGAACAAUUAAAAAAAAAAGAUAUUGAAAUUUCAAAGAAAGAAAUUCGAAUCAAUCAAACACAAGAGAAAUGUGAUUUGAUGGGUUCUAAACAUGCCAAAGAAAUGGAAUCAUUGAAACAAGAUAACCUAUUACUCAGGAAAGAAGUUGAAAUGUUGUCAGCAAGUUUGAAAUCUUACGAAGAUGAGGAGAAACUUUUGCAAAUCCAUCGUAGCGCAUGA